AUGGAUUCUGACGAUGGAAUGAAUCCAUAUCGUCCCUCCUCUGGCUUCUUCAAUCUGUUACAAAGUCAACUUGAAACCCAAAACCUCGAAUACACUCCUUAUGAGGGUCCAUGUUCUAACGCUCCAUCUGAACUUGCAUCCCCUCAAGAAAACCGCAAUUCAAGGCAUGCAUGGUUACCAACAGAUGAUGUCAUGGGUGUCAGCGCUUGGCUAAACAAGAGCAAUGAUCCAAUUACUUCCAAUGAGAAAAGACGUGGAGCAUUUUGGGGAAGGAUUGCAGAUUACUUUGCAUCUUGUCUAAAUGCUGCAGGUCGGCCAAAGAGAGAGGCCAGUCAUUGUAAGCAGAGGUGUGGGAGGAUAAACUACUUGGUGUGUAAGUUCGUUGGUUGGUACGAGGCUGCCACAAGGGAGAAGUCUAGUGGACAGAAUGAAGAUGAUGUGAUGAAGCUAGCACACUGGAUAUACUUCAAUGAUCACAAACAGAGGGGAAGGGUGGGUGAGGAUGGGUCUGCACAGGAUGCACAACCGGUGAUUGAUGUCGAGGAUGAUCCAAUGCCCCGUCCUCCUGGUGUUAAGGCUGCAAAGGGGAAAGCCAAAAAAAGAUCUAACACUAAACCGGAUGUGGAGGACGAUUGA